CGAUAACUGUGUGGCUUGUCCUUGAUAACUGGUAUAUGGGCCGUGUUAGAUCUUGACUAGCACGGCCUACCGCCAAACCAGGCAACCAGACUAAGAGCUGUGCCGCACUGAGGAAGGAGCCGAAGAGGUUGAGGAGGAGGCCGCUUCCCUCGGCCAUCCUCGACCUACCUAGCCAUGUACACCCUUCGUCUCGCCCCCCGGUCUUUGGCGUCUCUUCUCUCAUAUUACACGCAUAUUGGUGUUCUUCUCCGCCGAUUGACGAAUUGUUGCUCGACUUCAACUUCUGCACAUUGGCCCUUCUCGACUCCAUCAUCCGUGUAAGCCAGACACGGUUCCUGGAGCUCUCAACAUGUCCCGCUCCCUCCCCCGAGAGGCGAUGAACGAGCGGCCGAGGAAACUUCGAAAGCAGAUGCACCAUGGCACCCUCUGCGCCAUGCCCCCGGCCCCCUCACGCCCCGAUGCCUUUGCCUCGCUUCCGCCUUGCUGGCCGCCUGACAACUGGUCACUCGCCGACUUCUAUCAUGGGCCCGCCAUCGUCGGGGAGCACGCCUGGUCACAGGCCCAUGGAGUUGGUCAGAUAGACCACGCCUUUCCCAAACCUUUGCCCAGGCACGAACAGUCAGCACUUGCCUUCUUCCAGCCUGUUCCCUCCCUCACCCAGGUACCUCCUCCCCCGGCUUGGAGCACCGUGUCCAGCGUUACCUUCUCCUCGCCUUCUGUCGUCUCUCAGCCUUCUUCUGCCGGUUCGGGCUGCUCGCCGACCCGGAGAGACUUUCCGUACGAGUGGCCAACAAGGAAGGCGUCGCCUUCCGCCACCUCGUCCGUGACACAGACUGCCACCGAGCCAUUGGAGAACCGCGCCCAAAGUCGCUUCGUCUGCCUCGGUCCCCAAUGCGACGAGACCUUUGACAGCGAGGAAGACUUCAAGUCUCACUGCAAGACGGUCCACACGCACACAUGCAACUGGGCAGGCUGUGACCAGCCAAGCUUCUCUACCAAGGACGGUCUCACUUGGCACGUCAAGCUCGAGCACCUUCUCAUCUGUCCGGCUCCCGGUUGUACCGAGACUUCGUUCCAAACCAAACAGAUCCUCGAGAGCCACAUCAGAUGUGCCCAUCCGGAAGCUAGCGGCGAAGGAACCGGCAAAGGAAAGGAGCCAGCGGCGACAUCCAAGCCUAAGGCUCGGGCCAUGGCCUCCACGAACUCCUCUCAGGGAUCAAACGCCCUUGCGGCCCCGUCACAGGAUUCCAACGAGGACAGGGCCAUCAAGCAGAUACUGUCCGUGGCUGUAUCCAAGAAGAAAUGCCGGGAGCAACUUAAGAACGUUGUCGAGAAGAAGUACAGGAAACAGAAUGGUCAAACCCCCCGAACAGCCGACAGCCCGAGUGACUUCUCCCGGGCUCAGCUGUGCCGGAUGGUGGAAAACGCAAGCUUCCCUCUCGUAUGGGAACACGGCGUCCUCCCGUUCCUCGUCGAGUUCAUCCCGAAAUGGUGCGGUCCGAACCACGUCGUCAGCGUCACCCGCGGUAAGACGCCAGGAUCCCGACGAGUCUGCAUCAUGACCAAACAGAAACCAUCUCGGACUCGCCGCAUCAUCAUCGCAGUCCAUAUCAGAGACCUCCUCCCCGAGAACCAUCGAUCCACAAUCACCUUCGCCUUUGUUACCGGCGCCGUCGACCGCAUGGUCUGGGCGAGGGGGCUGAGCAGGGAGAUGCCAGACGAGGUCUGCAUGGCCAGGAACCCCUACUACUUCAAGAACCCGUGUAUGGGCGACAGCAUCGGCAUCCACGGCACCGACGACUUCAAGGAGAGCACCUCCACCUUGGGCCCCUGCUUGCUCGUCGGCGGCGGCAGCUACUGGCUGGCCAACUUCCACCCCUUCGUCGACGCUUAUCAUCACCGGGCAUCGGUCCGCGUCGAGCAUCCCUCCCCCAGCGAUCGCGCAAGUUGCAUCGACGAACGCCACGACACGAUGCCCGACACGGAUUUUACCCUCGGCAGCUUGACCGCCACAUCUGGCAUCGACCUGAAGACGACUCGCAUCUCACACGAUCCCUACUGGGAGGAACUGGAUAAGGAAGCCCCUUUGAUCGUGACCGACUGGAUCCUCAUUGCCUCCAAGACACGUCAAGCAAACAUCCUCCGCCGAUUCCCCUCCGACACCAUGCCUCUGUUGAAAGAAGUACCCGUCAAGAAGAUGAGCGUGGUCACCCCAGGCGCGACGGUGGUUUCCACCGGACGCACGUCGGGUCAACAGCGCGGCCAGAUCUGCGAGAUCCCGGCCUACGUCAGCGCUGAAGAGAACGGCACCGGCAAGGCAACGCGCGAGUGGUUCGUCGAAGAGCCGUACCCCUUCGAUGAUGAAGAGAGCUGGAUCCGCGGAGGCAUCGGCGUGGAGGGUGACAGCGGCGCCGCCAUCGUUGACGCCGACACGAAUGCUCUGGUCGGUCAGCUUUGGGGCCGCAACAAGUACUUCGGUGCCGGUCCUCGACUAACGUUCUUCACUCCGAUUGGCGACCUCUUUGACGACAUUCAGGAGAAAUGCGGCCAGCAGGCCCGGCCACAGCUCCUACAGUACAGGGACGAGUCGGAUUGCUACCCGGUCGACCCCAGUUGCCGGCAAUGCUUCGACCUACGCACGUAUCUUGACAGCAGGCGCAACUCGCGUGAAUCGUUGCGUUCCAUGAUCGGACGCAACGAAAGCGACCACGGCGAUCUGACCUCGAUAGGAGGGACAUCGGAGCUCGCAACACCAAAGGACCAUGCCUUUGGAUCUCGCCACUCUGGCGUCGAAGAGGUCGGGUCUUCUUUCACCAGCAUCAUGUCGCCAUCAGCAUUCCAUCACUCUGCUUUCGCCAGCAUCUUGUCGCCGUCGGCCACUCAUCCCUUAGCCUUGACCCCGCAGCCGGGAACCCCCGGUAUCGUGGACAUCAAGAGCCCGUACGCUCUCACCCUUAGCACAGAAGACCUUUACGACGAGGAAACGUGUACCAACACGGCGGGCGCCGCCGCGGGCAAGCGAGCAGCCGCAACACCCUCCGUGCGGAGCUCCAUUCAGAAUGCCAAGAGGCAGAGAUUGCAUUAAGUGUAGUAGUGUUCUCGGGCCUUGUGUGAUACGGGUAUAUCAGCCGGGGAACCCACCUCUCGCCAUCUUCUUGGCCCUCUGGUCCCGGCGGUUGUGGUUCGCCCUCGAGCCCUUGCUGGCUUCUUUUCUCCUACGCGCGGCCUCGGUCUCCUUCUCUCCCGUCGGGCCCGCCACGUUGCCGCCUCCUCUGCCACCGCCACCUCUACCACGUCCACGACCUCCGACCCCGCGGCCGCGACCGCCUCUGCCGCCCCUCGACGAGCUUCCUCCAUCGGGGUCGGACUCUUCCGCACCUGAGCCACCCGGACUGGCCCGCCACGCCGUCGACAGAAUCUCGGUCUGGGUACCCGUGAACGCCGCGGCGCCGUUGUAUUUAGCCUCGAGGCGACGCUUCUGGCCGGGAUUCCUUGCCAGCAUCACGGCCCAGCCCUCGAUCGCCUCGUCCGUCAUACCCGUCUCCACCCUUAGCUUGCCUCUCGCCGGGCCCCUUCUCGUCGUGGCCUGUCUAUCAAACACACUGGGGUCCGCCUGGAACGCCUUGUACAGCGUCUCCUCGUUGGCGUCCUUCUGUCCGUCGGCCUCCUCGUUGGCGUUGUCCACCGUGCCGCCAACAUCGUCUGCGUCGUAGGUGUCGUCGCGCUCGUCGUCGUCCGAGUCGAACGCCGCAAGUGCGGACAAGAUGGCCGCCUUGUUGGGCGCGGUGGAUCUGUCCCUCAGGACGUCGUCGGCCGUCCUUUCGGGGGCCUUUUUGCCGAAAUGGAGUUUAGAAACGUCUAGUUCUAGUCUAUCGAGUUCAUCAUCAUCAAAUACGUUAUGGCGCUCUGGUAGUUGUGGGGGCGUUGGUCUGGGUUCGAGCUGGCUCUUUCUCCUCUCCAGCUUGGGCGACCUCUGCGCAGCACGGUCCGCCGUUGCGAGGUGCGGGGGAAGCGAAUCCUCCAGCAAGUGAGCCGUGACGACCUCUGUGUUAUCGCCGUACUCGUCAAACAGUUUUGAAAUGAAGGCCGAACCCAAGUCGGGAAACAGAUCCUGGAUGAGCGAGAUCUGGCUCUGCCUGUGCAUGUGCAACUCGGCCUGGACCUGCGAUUCAUCGGCCACGUCCUUGCCCUUGCCCUUAUCUAUCUUCCUCUUGACGAGCCUCUUGGGCCUCAUCAUGCCGCCGCCGGGCUUACGGAACCCCUCGAGCGCGGCGAUGCGCGACUUCAGCGCCGUCGAGGCCGCGCCCUUGUCCUCUGCCUUUUUCAGGAGCUGCUUCAGCACGGGUGUGACGGUGACGAGCUCGGCGACGAGGGAAUCGUUCACGUUGAGCGGGCCAGCCUUGUGGGCCUCGGCGGCGGACUUGAGGGAGAAGAGGACGUCGGCGAGCAUGCCGAAGCGGUCCGCGGCGGCGAGGCCGACGAG